CCUCCAUCCUCACCUACGCCUUACGUCCCAUCUUGCCGCCACCACACACACUCUCUCGCUUUUCACCUUUUCCUCCCUUUCAAAAGUCCUUCAACCCCGCUAUUAUCCUCCGCUUACCUUAACUUCGAAACUACUCCGCCAUCUCCACCUUCCUUCUUACACGGAGAGUUUCACCUAGGUUCUCCAGACCCAUCUUAACUGGUGAUCCGAAGGCGUUCGCAUCAACUAUAGUACUGAACGUCCUCGAGUGUACUGUCGAAUUACUCCCCAAAGUCCGGUGCCAAUCCGACCCAGUCCCAAGGCAGAUGCGCCAAAGCAUCCAGCCAACAUGCCUGGAAUUCUCCCGAUGAAAGUGAUCAAGGUCGGGAACGGCUCGCAGAGUCGUAUCGCCCAGGCCUGUGAUCGUUGCAGAAGCAAGAAGAUCCGUUGCGACGGCGUCCGUCCCUGUUGUACACAAUGCGCCAAUGUCGGCUUCGAAUGCAAAACCAGCGACAAGCUCAGUCGCCGUGCCUUCCCCCGUGGAUACACCGAGUCGCUGGAGGAAAGAGUGCGCGCCCUGGAGUCCGAAGUUAGAGAUCUCAAGAAUUUACUGGACGAAAAGGAUGAAAAGAUAGAUGUGCUCUCUCGCAUUCAUUCUUUCUCCCCUUCCUCGCGUCAGAGACCUAGUGUUGCAGCACCGUCGCCAUCUGCGCCUGCAAGGUCCAACGCCCCCGAUGUAGACGAGGGCGUAAUUCAAAUCCCACAAUCGUUGCCGCCUACCGAGUCGACCUCGGCUGAGAGUACAGGAAUAUCCAGUACUCGUGGCUUUGUUGAUAUCUUCACGAAUAGACUCAUAGAGCAGAACCGAUUACCAUCCAAUGUCGCGAUCAAGUCUUUGGCCACUCCCCCGGCCAUCUCCCAUUCCCGUGUCGACCAGGCUAUUCGCACGGCGCCUCGGCUCGUAUCCGAUCAGCUCAUCAACAUCUUCUUCCAAGAAUGGGCUCCUCUCUAUCCGGUUGUUCACCGACCCACUAUCCUCAAAGCUUAUGAGCAAUACCUUUCAGGCACCGAGUCUAUGCAGGGCAGCAAGCACGACUUGGCACAACUGAAUUUAAUCUUCGGCAUUGCCGCUCUUGCUUCAAUGUCGAGAACCAAUCAGGACCCCACCUUUUUUGAAGACAAUUGGUCUUCGAUCCUCGAAUCAAUCGCAAGUGAUAUUUCUAUUACAACAAUGCAAUGCUACGUGCUCGCUCAAAUGUACUGCAUGACGAAGGGCGAUUACACAAGCCUCCUACGCUAUCGGGGUCUUGCUGUCAGUCUGAGCCAACAGCUUAGACUACACCAGAGCCAGAAACGCUUCUCGUCGAAUGCGCUUGUUGCCGAAACCCGAAAGAAGGUGUUCUGGUGCCAAUAUACUCUCGAUCGAUUCACCGCCGCUUUGACGGGAUUGCCUGUCCUGCUACGUGAAGAGGAUAUUAAGACUGAGUAUCCUGAAGAUAUCGACGAUGAAAAUGUUACGGAAACGGGCUUCUUGCCCACUCUUCCUGGCGAGUCUACCCGGAUCUCGAGUGCGAUCGCGCUAUUCGCCGGUUCGCGGGUGUUGAACAAGGUUUUGGAGGAAAUCUAUCCCUCUGACGGAGGGUAUGAUAUUUCUCUGUCGAAGCUACGCUCGGUUGCAGAGCAAUUGGAUGAUUGGGUGAAGGGCUUACCUGCUCACCUCCGCCUUGAGUUCUCUCAAGACAAGCCUAGCACCAAUGUUACCAGUAGCCGGUCGCCACUUCUGUCCCUCGUCUAUUACUUCAUUCGUUCAUUGAUCCACCGCCCUGCGGUCUGCUUCGGCGAGGAGCACGUCCGAUCGCCUUCUAUCCUUACAGUUUCCGACUCAGCCAAGCAUAUUGUCCAGAUUCUUCAAUUGCUCGACGAGAGACGUCUCUGCCUCUCUGUGAGUAUUAAUCGGAAGGAGCUGGUUUUCGCCACAGGACUGGGUCUUCUUUGGCAAAGCAUCGGUCUGAAGCGUGACAGCAAACUCGUCAAGGAGAGCCAAAAGUUACUCACCGCAGUCAUCGAUCAACUAGAGUCUGAGUCGUCAUCCUCUGCCGCCGAGUUCAGCGCUUUGGCCAGUGUUUUUGUUUCCUUGAAUAAUAAGCACGUGGCGAUUGGUAAGCCGCAGGACAUGUCGCCGCCCUUGCAGAGACCUCUGAAGUCCCCGAAGAAGCAGCUGCAGUCGUGGAAAUCGCGCUUGAGUGGAUUGACCGGCUCAAACCACCACGAAACGCCAGAUUCGCCAUCUCGGAGGGCCACUAUUUGCGGAGCGAGUCCUAAUGCCGCUCAACGCCACAUCAGGUCUUCCAGCUGGGCUAGCUUGCCACCGGACAACUUCCACGCGCUAGAUGUGUCUACGAACAAGACAGUCUAUCCUUCGUCUUCCGGCACGUACGAUAGCAGUCAUGUGCUUUCGAGCUCCGCACCCUCGGAUCACCCGGGCGGACCGAUCACGGUAUCCGACUGGGAAGUAGUCCUGAGUGACAUGGACCGCGGCUAUUCGAACAUCUUCACCGGGAUCUACGGAGGAAGGGAGUGUGGUGAGGACAGCGGUCCCUUCGCUUCCCUCACGGCCGAGUUCGCCCACAAGGGGGAUCCCAUGGUAGCACCGUUAUCAGCGCCACAAGCGGAGCUGCAAGGGUUGUCUCCCGAGGCAUGGUCAGCAAGUAGCAAUAGCGACGUGCCAGCCAAUCAGGAUCUCCCGGCACAGAGUGUCCUCAGCUACUCUGAUGAAGGCAGUGCGGAAGACGGAGUGCCAUACAACGACAUGCGGCUGUCGCCGGAAGAGCAGGCCAAUUUCUUGGGUUCGUUCCGGAAUGUCAUGAUCCCAGCGGUGGAAGACGAAGUGGACGAGUUUGGGCUGAUUAACGGCUGGGAUCGACGACUGGCUGUCUGAGCUAUAAAGCUCGGGACUACCGGUAUUUCUCAUGAACGCAAUGACCUUAGGGUGUCGAUGGAGUUUCAUUUGUUUUCGGGAUUGUAGGAGUGGAGCGAGAGGACUUCUAUGUUUUUUCUUUUCUUUUUGUUUCUUCCGAUACGUUUCGUUUGUGAUACCUGGUCGGUGCAGGGAGUCUCGGUUUCCAUUCGGCACUUACAAGAGUGUCUGUCGGGGGUCAUGUCAUGUCCCCUUGUCACUAUAAUGUUUGAGUAUAUAUUGUGAAUAAUGGAUUUUCAAGUAUGUCUGUCUUUAGUAAUCAUAUUCUUUUAAAUCGGAUGAC